CGGAAAGCAUCAUGGCAGAGAUACCUAUAAUCAUCGGCGUUGGGGACAUCAAGAACCGCUCCACCGCGGUCGCCGACGCGAAGGAGCCUGCGUCAUUAAUGCUUGAAGCCAUCGCAAGUGCGCUUAUUGACGCAUCACCAUCUUCCGGCACAGAUCUCAAAUCUAUGAUUGAUAGCAUCGAUGUCGUACAAACGUGGACAUGGUUAUACCCCGAUCUACCAGGAUUGUUGGCGCAGAAGCUGGGAGUCGACAAAAGCAUCAAAUGGAAGAGAUAUUCUGAACUUGGAGGCGAUAAGCCUGGGAAGCUAUUUGAUCAGGCGGCAAAGAGGAUAGCCAAAGGAGACUGCAAGGUUGCGGUCGUCACCGGAGGAGAAGCUUUGGCAUCACUAUCUGCAUGUGCAGCUGCAAAGAAGCUGCCACCACCUGGCUGGACACCUCCUGCGCAAGCCGUGGACUCGGUCUUUUCACCCACGAGUACGGAUCUCGGAAAUAAUAUCGGAGCCAUUCACCAGAUCGGGGCACCAAUUCAUGUUUAUCCGUUAUACGAAAACGCAUUUCGCGCGCAUCACGGCCAAAGCCUAAAAGCGAAUCAUCAAGAGAGCGCGAAAUUGUACGCGGACUUCUCAAAAGUAGCAGAAAAGAACGAGUACGCGUGGAAUCACGGAAAGAGCAUUGGUGAAGAGGUCAUUGGCAAGGUUGGGCCUAAGAAUCGAAUGAUUUGUUACCCAUAUCCACUUCUCAUGAACGCGUUCAACAACGUCAAUCUAGCUUCCGCAAUCAUCAUGACAUCCACUGCUGUCGCCAAAGCCCUCAACAUUCCGUCUUCAAAAUGGAUCUACCCGCUCGGCGGCGCUGGAACACAAGAUUCGUCCGAGUUCUGGCUCCGACCAAACUUCCACACUUCGCCUAGUAUCUCACGAUCCAUCGACUCUGCCUUGGCCGUCUCCAACACUGCCAAGUCUGAGCUCGAUCUCAUCGAUAUAUACUCUUGCUUCCCCAUCGUACCGAAAAUUGCCGCAACACACCUUGGCAUGCCGAUCACUGGCGGAGAAAAGCCGUUGACGCUGCUCGGUGGAUUGACUAGUUUCGGCGGUGCGGGCAAUAAUUAUAGCAUGCAUGCCAUUACGGAGAUGACGCGACAGCUGCGAGCUGGCAAGGGUAAGAAAGGACUUGUGCUGUCCAACGGUGGUGUACUCAGCUACCAGUACGUCAAUGUACUGAGCAAGGAGCCACGCAAAGAAGGCGCGUAUCCACUGGAGAACCCAUUGCCAGAGAUACUGCAAGACGUGGAAGUGCCGGAAAUCGCCAAAGAGGCAGAGGGCGAGGCGAUUGUGGAGACGUAUACGGUUGAGUUCAAUCGCGAUGGAAGUCCGGGACGAGGACACAUUGUGGGGAGAUUGAAGAGCAACAACAAACGGUUUUUAGCGAACCAUGGAGAUGAAGCAACGCUGAGACAGAUGGCUGGUGGCCAAGCUGAGAUUGUAGGGAAGAGUGGGUGGGUGUGGCAAGAUGAGAAGAAGAAGGGACGAGGCCUUUUUGCUUUUGACAAGCCCGCGAAGUUGUAGCUGAACUUCCUUUGUAGCAAGCUGCGGUAUUAUCUGACGUUGAAGACUUAUAGGCUAGUAUGAACGAUCCUAUUACAUUAGUUC